AGGACUUUGCAACAUCCAAAUCAGCGCAGGUACCUGAUAGUAGUGUUUAAAACACAGCCAUGAUGUCUUGAAUAUUUUAUCGCAUUAAUAUGUUUGCUACAGUCAAUUAUCCACGCCUUUUUCUAUGAAAAUGCCAACUACUAUUAGUAACUUCCUUAAAACGGACUAAAUGUUUGUGUCACCUGUGGUUGUCGAUAUGAGACAAGACAUAACGCUCUAUUUCGGUGGUAAAACGUCAGUACUGUGUGAAGCAUUCAGCAAACAAAUAUAAUUUCCCGGAAAUAACUUGAAUAUGUAGAAGUGUGCAGCUCAGUGCUGACAGGAGGUGGAGUCGCUCGCGCUUAGCCUGGCGCAGAGUGCGCGCGGAAUUCAGCGCUUCCGGACACCGCGCGACUCGGGCGAGCGCAUCCGCGGCCGGCUGACCGCCGCACCGACUCCUGUGUCUGUGCCUGAUCCACCUCUGUCACUGCCAGCGUGUUAGACAUUCAUAAAGGAAGAUGGUGUGUAUGGAAAGCUGAUGUGCGGAUCUGAAGCUCUGUUUCCAGGGUGAUGAGCUGUGUGCUUUAAAAAUAUUGAAUAUUAUGGGCUGUGCUUGCUGUAAGCAGAGGAAGGCCAGUAAAGCUGUGUCGAGUCCCAACUCGUGUGACACAGGCAAUGGGACCCAGGCAUUAGAACCCUCCCGUUACAUCGCAGAUCCCACUUUUAAUUCUGGGAUUAUCCCCAACUUUAAUGAUUUUUCCAACCCUGCUCCCUCAUCCAAUUUCAACUCGUCCCGCCCAGCCCCCAUCACAGGAGGCGGUGUAACGCUCUUUAUAGCCCUUUAUGACUAUGAUGCACGUACAGAGGAUGACCUGAGCUUCCAGAAAGGAGAAAAGUUCCAUAUUAUCAACAAUACCGAGGGCGACUGGUGGGAGGCUCGUUCUCUGGACACAGGGAAGUCUGGGUACAUUCCUAGUAACUAUGUGGCCCCUGUGGACUCCAUACAAGCUGAGGAGUGGUAUUUUGGGAAGAUGGGCCGGAAGGAUGCAGAACGACAGUUGUUAGCGCAGAACAAUCCUAGAGGGACAUUCUUAAUACGAGAAAGCGAGACAACAAAAGGAGCAUACUCUUUGUCGAUCAGAGACUGGGAUGAUGCGAAGGGCGAUCAUGUCAAGCACUAUAAAAUUAGGAAGUUGGACAAUGGCGGUUAUUACAUCACAACAAGGACACAGUUUGAUACUGUCCAGGAGCUGGUGGAGCAUUAUACAGAGCGUGCAGCAGGGCUGUGCUGCCGUUUGAUCGGCAGCUGUAGGCGGGGCAUGCCUAAGCUGGCUGACCUGUCAGUGAAGACUAAGGAUGUUUGGGAGAUUCCCAGGGAGUCACUUCAGCUCAUUAAGAAACUGGGCAAUGGCCAGUUUGGUGAAGUGUGGAUGGGCAUGUGGAAUGGCACAACUAAAGUUGCAGUGAAGACCCUGAAGCCAGGCACCAUGUCUCCAGAGGCCUUCCUGGAUGAGGCCCAGAUCAUGAAGAGGCUCCGUCAUGACAAACUGGUACAGCUGUAUGCUGUGGUGUCUGAGGAGCCCAUCUACAUCAUCACUGAGUUCAUGAGUCAAGGAAGCUUGUUGGACUUCUUGAAAGAUGGAGAUGGCAGAAAUCUAAAAUUGCCUCAACUUGUGGAUAUGGCAGCCCAGAUUGCUGCAGGCAUGGCCUAUAUUGAGCGGAUGAACUACAUCCACAGAGACCUGCGAGCUGCCAAUAUCCUGGUUGGAGACGGUCUGGUCUGUAAGAUUGCAGACUUUGGGCUGGCUAGACUUAUCGAGGACAAUGAGUACACAGCUAGACAAGGAGCAAAGUUUCCGAUAAAGUGGACUGCCCCAGAGGCUGCUCUUUAUGGUAAAUUUACCAUCAAAUCAGAUGUGUGGUCUUUUGGUAUCCUGUUGACUGAGCUCAUCACCAAGGGCAGAGUGCCUUACCCAGGGAUGAACAACAGAGAGGUUCUGGAGCAGGUGGAGCGUGGAUAUCGAAUGCCGUGUCCGCAGGGCUGCCCGGCAUCUCUGCAUGAGUUGAUGCUGCAGUGCUGGCGGAAGGAUCCUGACGAGAGGCACACCUUUGAGUACCUGCAGAGCUUCCUGGAGGACUACUUUACUGCUACUGAACCCCAGUACCAGCCUGGAGAAAACCUGUGAUAGACGCAUAUACACUUAAGUGCAUUAGUUCAAUAUAUCCUUCAGGAAAGAUGCAAUUGCCUUUACUUUCUAUCACAAUACCUCCAUAAACUGAUUUUGAUCCAUGGCCCUUCAAUCACAAGCUCCAUCUGAACAUGCUUUAGUGCAAUUCCUCAUUCUGUGCUUCAAACUGAAAAAAACUUUCCAAGAUACUGCUCUCAAACUGCAAGAUUGGGUCACUUUAUAAGUCUGAAGUAAUACAAUGGUCAAUGUUAAUGUUGGUUCUUUAACUUAAAAUACAACAGCACAUAUUAAUACACCAUAUUAAUGCUUCAUCUCGCCAUUAAAACAAUAGCAAUUAGUUACCUAUUCAAUCGUAUUACUAUAUCCACCACUGUAUUUGAAUGUUCUGUCUCUUGUAGAUUAUUCAAGUCAUUUCUAAGGGGUGCCGAGUGGAGAAAAUUUUGCUCUGAUAUACAGGUAGAACAUAAGAAUCUCUACUAGGCAUUCAACAGUGACCAGGAUAACUGAGAUUUUUUACAGGCUUAUCUAAUCGGUGGUAUGUUUUGUGAUUAAUGUGAUAUACAGGUCUAAACUCCAAUAACAGAGAAAGAUCUUCCAGCUCAAGAGUAAGGCCACAUGAACCUUUUUUUUUUUUUUUUACAUACGAUUCAGCUUCUGAAUGUGCAUUUUUCAAUGGAACAAUUCAGUCUUUCCUUUUUUAACUGGCAAAAAGUAAACAAAAAAGAAAUCUUGAAAUAAUAGUGUAUACGUCUCAAUGCACAGCUAACCAGGAUGUGCCUUGAAAUGUCUUUAUAGUCUUGAAUUUGUUUCUCUAGGCCGUGUUCACUUAGCUAGUCAUGUUAUUGCUUUCUAAUAAUCCUUUUUGUUUAACUCUGAAUCUAACAAUCCUGUAUUAUCUUAUUAGAGAGCAGUUCUGUUGUAUAAUAGUGGGCUUUAUUGUGCCUUUAAAGAAACAGUAUUGACAUUCAGAAAAUACUUCCUUAAGAGCUGUCUUUUAAAAUGAGAAGAAAACUACUGUUUUUAUUAUUUCCUGCAUUUUACACUGUAUUUUACUUUUUACUUCAUAUCUCAAUAAUUUGGUUUAUAAUUUAAGUGGAUAUCAAAGCUGUGCCCUUAUUCGGGGUCAAUGAUAUUCUACAGGGAUAGACUGUAACCCUGAACUGAAGAAUGUGUAUUACAGUUAUGUAAUGUUUGUGCCAUUUUAUUAUACUGAGCUUACUGAAC